GCAGCCCGGGGAAAGUCCGGGCAGAGCCCGAGCGGCAGCCGGACCACCCUUGUCUUAAUAAUACAGCUACUUCCUCAGCCGCCCGACAUGAGCCACGGGAAGAGGACCGAUAUGCUCCCCGAGAUCGCCGCCGCCGUCGGCUUCCUCUCCAGUCUCCUGAGGACGCGGGGCUGCGUGAGCGAGCAGAGACUCAAGGUGUUCAGCAGGGCGCUCCAGGAUGCAUUGACCGAUCAUUACAAACACCACUGGUUUCCAGAGAAACCAUCCAAAGGCUCUGGCUACCGCUGCAUCCGCAUCAACCACAAGAUGGACCCCAUCAUUAGCAAGGUGGCCAGCCAGAUUGGACUCAGCCAGCCCCAGCUACACCGGCUGCUGCCCAGUGAGCUGACCCUGUGGGUUGAUCCCUAUGAAGUGUCCUACCGCAUCGGGGAGGAUGGUUCCAUCUGUGUCCUGUAUGAGGAGGCCCCGGUGGCUGCCUCCUAUGGGCUCCUCACUUGCAAGAACCAAAUGAUGCUGGGCCGGAGCAGCCCCUCGAAGAACUAUGUGAUGGCUGUGUCGAGCUAAGGAGGAGCCACCCUACCCGGGCACUCUACUGUACUCAGUGCUGCCGUGACAACAGGCCACCGUAUACCUCAACCUGGGGAACUGUAUUUUUAAAUGAAGAGCUAUUUAUACACGUUAUUUUUUUUUUUAAGAAAAGCGGAGAAAAAAAAAACCAAAAGAUUUUUUUUAAAAGAAAAAAAUCCUUAAAGGGAGCUGCUUGGAAGUGGCCUCCCCAGGUGCCUUUGGAAAGAACUGUUAUUGAAUCUGUGAGCCAGUGUUUGCCUAGGGGAGUGGUUUGGGGAUUGGCAUAGCCAAGGUAAAAGGGGAUUCUUGGCUGAUCCCCCAGGAGGUGGUAAAAGGGAGCAAGCAAGGUUAGCAACUGUGAAUGAGAGGGGUCAGGCUCUGCCCUGGGUUACCGUCCCAGCUGGGAUGCCUGUCUACCUGGUUCCUCUCUUACUCAGGGGCAUUCAAGCCUGGUCUUAAAUAAUACUACAUUGCCUAAUCUUCUUUUGUUUUUCUGCUGAGACCCUGGGUAGAGUGAAAGACCUCUCCUUGUUCCUUCUGUUCUAAGCAGGUUUUCUUGAAGUCUUGUCUUGUUUCUGAUUCUGUCCUCAGGGGCCUGGAAAGGUUGUUUCCCAGCCAGGAAUCUGUGACCAUUUUUGGAGGGUGGGAUGCCAGGCAGGUGCGCAAAGACUUUGGGUAUAGACAGAGGGGGGCACAAAACCUUCGCUCUGCACUGCGCUGCUUCGUAUGCAUGCAUGGCGAAUAAUUUAGGGGUGAUUUGCAAUGGAAUUUUGGGACCCAAAGAGUGCUCCCUCCCCCCUGAUUUUUUCCUAAACCUUCCUUUUGGGAACCACGUGAAAGUCUGAAUGCUGCUACCAUUAUUCCUUUGAGAGGUGGUUCAAAGCUCCAGGGAGCUGCAGGUCCUUUCUCACGGCCUUUCCUUCAAGACUCGCUUGCGUCCUCCUUUCCCCUCUUUCUUGUGGUUGGGUCCUGGAGGGCACUAUUUCCUAGGGCAGGAGUUCGCAAUCACUGUGCAAUAGUCCCAGGAAACUCUGAGACUGGGCCUCCCAGCCCCUCCUGGUGCCCUGGUGGGUGUUAGGGGCCUGCCUUUCCCCUUCUCCUAGGGGUUCUCGCUGGUGGUGGGCCUUGCUGAGAGCCAUCUUCCUGGGCUGCGGAGAGUGCCUGUGCCCUACAGGACUACCUGGUAUUCUUGGAGGGCUGCCACUAAGCCACAGUUUGGGCACUGCUUUAUCUCCUUGGUGCUCAGAGCACCUGUGGGGGAGGUUGUCUCUCUCAGUAAAAUCCAAAUUUGUCUGUAGAUGUGUGCAAUAUUGACUGUUCUGGGUCGGGGGAAAUUUUGGAAAACACUGGGAAGAAAUGGCUUUCCUUCAGGUUCGGUGACAGUGCUGAGGGGCCUCAGGAGGCCUCCAGUCUCUCAAACUGAAGGACAGAGUUAGAGCCCACUGGUCACCUUCUCCUUAAUGAGCCCCCCCCCCCGCCCCAUUUCUCUCCAUUGCCAUGGCAUCCCGUUUCCUGGGUUUCUUAACUCCUCAGUUUCUACUCAAAGGUGCUAUUUACCAAACACUCUGCCCAGCCUGCUCUGGCACUCCCAGCUUUGCACAGCCUUCCCAGGCGGCUUCAUCUCUUGCUUUAAAGUUAACUCUGGGCCCACAGACCCGAAAGCUGUGGGUUGUGACAAAGCUGUGAAUUCCUGCAGAUGGUUCUCGUGUCUUGUCCACAAACAGGUCCCUGCCUUCUUAGAAGCAGCCACCUGGUCUCAUGCUGAGAUCUGUUCUUUCUUGUCGAUGUUCACUUUAAAAAUGACAAAAACCCCAGAGCUGGACUGUUGAGCAGGCCUGUCUCUCUUAUUAAGUAAAAAUAAGUAAUAGUGGCAGGUUUGUAAGCUAUUCUGACAGAGAAGACAAAGGUUACUUAAUUGUAUGAUAGUGUUUUUAUAUGGAAGACUGUACAGCUUUAUGGACAUAUGUACACUUUUGUUUUUAAUAAAAUGUAGCAGAUUA